CACCACUUGAAUUCACUGAUGCAGUAACUCGCAGAUAGACAUAUUAUUUGUCCUAUGGGCAUGAUCUCUAUCGCUUCCUUUACAAAAUACUUUUGAUAUGAUCAAUGUUGUUUAAGCCCAUCACCAGCUAAUAUUUUUAUGGCGCAGUAGUCUACCUAUGUCAAAUGAACUCUCGGUUGGUUGUUCAGCCCGACAGUUUCUGGUGUCUUCUGAAAAUGGGUCGGGAUUUGAUGUUUGCAAUUCAACAUCGGUCGGUUCCCCGCGCAGAAAUGUCACCCGUUUCCAGCGCCCUACAGCCUUGCUAUGUGAAAGACAACGUUCUGAAUCCCCUGCAAUACAUUCAAAGAGUCGACAGCGAGAUGUUUCCGUUAAUACUAAUCAACAAAACGAUAGAUAUGAUUUUGAAUCUUUGCAAAAAGAAAUUACCAAAAGAAGUGGCGUCCUACUGUUUGGAAACAAGGUUUUGCUCGCUAAAACAGAUGAUUUUGCAAACGAAGGUUGUCUGGGUUCCGGUACGUGUAGCUCUGUGUACAAAAUGCGACAUCGUACCAAGCCCAACAUAGUAAUGGCAGUUAAACAAAUGCGUGUGUCAUCUACAUAUGAAGAGGAAAAUAAGCGUAUCAUGAUGGAUCUAAAUAUUGUUACGAAAUGUUUCGAUUGCUCUUAUAUCGUUGAGUGCUACGGGAUAUUCUUCUCCGGAGUGAGUUUAUCUUACCAUUUUUUUAACGCCCAGGGUGAUGUUUGGAUAUGCAUGGAAGUCAUGUCAACCUGCUUAGAUAAGCUGUAUCAUGAUCUUCAUCGUCCAUUUCCUGAAAAGGUUUUGGGGAAAGUGACAGUUGCUAUUACCACUGCUUUGGACUAUUUGAAACGAAAACAUAACGUUAUGCAUAGAGACGUUAAACCGUCUAAUAUGCUCUUAAGUUACCAAGGUGUAAUUAAGUUAUGUGACUUCGGGAUAAGUGGGAUUCUUAAAGAUUCUAUUGCCCGUUCGCGGCAGCCGGGAUGCACUGGCUACAUGGCUCCAGAACGUCUAAACAACUCAACAUAUGAUGUUCGUGCAGACAUUUGGUCACUUGGAAUAUCAUUAUUGGAAUUGGCAACCGGAUCUUUCCCAUAUACUGGGACCCAUAUUGAAUUUGCUAUUAUGACUAAAAUAAUAUCAGACCCACCUCCAUCGUUACCUCACCAUAUACCUUUUACCCCUGCGUUCCGUCAAUUCGUCGAGCUAUGCUUAACAAAGGACCACACUCAGCGCCCAAAAUAUCGCUCAUUAAUGAGUACUGGAUUUUUUGUUCGGCACAACAAGGAGCCUCAUGAUGUACUAGAGUGGCUUAAGGGAUUACCAUUACCACACUUACAGUGUUUAGAUGAAAGGACGACCAAUAAUUUGGAUUGCGAAACUCCUACAAGUAUCACAUCCUCUAUGAAUUUUCUGACUAACACGGUUGAAUCUCCUGAAUCAGUGACUACUCAUAGUCCAGAUAUUUCCAGGGGUGUGAGUAAUAUCUCUCUUGAUGACUCUUCUGAUUCGAAGAAGGCAUCAUGGGAAAAUAUAAAUAAUCAAGCUGAGUUAGACGUUACAUUAGUUGCAGCACCUAAGGUAAAUUCUGAUUCUAACGAGCAAGCACAGUUCACUAUUCACAAAUCUUCAGUAACUUCUGACCAUUUUGUUAACGAAAAUAUUUCCCCUCAACUUUCGUCAUUUACAAUUAGUGAACAGUUUUCUGCUGGUCAAAAUCCUCAUUUUUUUAAGACCCAAAAUACAAUAGUUGAUCAGAGUUCAGAAAAUUUUAUUCACCUGCUAGAGGGAAAGUCCACUAAGUUUCUCUCCCAGGGUUCUUCAGGCUACGGAUCUGCAGGUUCUGAUAGUUCUCCUGGAUCUCUUGGAAGUGAUAGUCGCCCACCAAGUUCCUCCCAAGUUCUUGAUAUGGUAUUAUCUAACAGAAGCGUUAAUGGGAUCCCUCCUUUACCAGCAGUUCAGCGUUCCAAACCAUCGUACACUCUCAGAGUCAAUAAACCCAAUAAAUAUUUGAACAAUAUUUUGGAAAACAAUGUUAGUCGAUCUGAUUCGUCGAUCCGUCCCACUGUGUCAGAUUCGUUUUCUAAUCAUCCUAGUUGUCAAGUCUCCUCUGUGCAUUCAAUAAGUGGUUACGAUCAGUGGAGUACGUUAUCCCUAUCAUCUAGAACAACUCAUAUACCUACAUCUCAACCUGUUACGGGAAAUUCUGUUCAUAAUCAACUAACAUCACUCAAUGAAAAAUUUGAACCCAGUUCGAAUAAAGGAGUUGGUUUAUGUGCUGGCACGAAACAUGAAAAGCGUACCCCUUUAGAUAAUGAUUCCGAAGGAAAAGAUAAAAGUUCUGGUUCUUCAAGGACGGAAUUGAUUUGUGGUCGUCCCCAUAUAAACAAACGGAAAGUAGUUGGCCAAUCGCGUUCUUCUUCUGUUGGUGCUCAGUUACAACGCUCUCCCGCCCAAAGAUGGUUAGUCAAACCACCACAAAUUAAAAGAAAUCUUCAAGUCGAUCAAAAUUCUUCAAUAUGUGUACACAAUGAUACCACUCGUAUACGCUCGCCAGUAAUUCCAAAUUCUACCUCAUCCAUAUUAAACCCGAACUAUGGGACCAUUUUAGGAAAAAAUACGUCUCCACAACAAUACCAUCAUCAUUAUUUCUACUAUUAUUAUUAUGACAACCAACUCGAUAAAAAUAAUCUAAAUAAACCAUCUAGUACAUCCUGGGUGGCCAGAGAGAAUAUAAGUACGCUUGGUAGAAAUUCACCAUCUUAUUUUACUGAUUCAAGUUCCAACUCACUGGUUAAUAACUCUCUGUCCACAAGCAACAUAUCACCUAUUCUUUCAGGAAGAAUGUGUCAACGGUUAAAUACUCAUCCAAUCCCAAGACAAAGCAGUUUACAGUUCCCAUCUAACGAUUUAAAAUCUUCCAAGGCGCAGUCAGACUCACUUUUUUUCUCUGGAAUGUUAGGAUCACAUCUACCUAUGACUUCACAAUCCACUUAUCAGAUUAUAUCCAGCGAGUCCCACGGGCGACACCUUAACCGAAAUAGUUUUCAACAUCCACUUGUAUUCAGUAAUUCAACGUUAAGAGACUCUGGUACAUUAAUAAAAAGAGGCGGACAUCCUAAACAUACACACAGAUCAAUGUCACAACCUCCUAAAUUACGAGAUUGGCUAUCUUUUGAAACAGAAUUGUGAGGAUACACCUCAUGACACUAAUGCAUAUCAACAGGAAUAUCGAAAUCCAUUUGUGUUCCUAAACUUAAUUCCAGCUCACCUUUGUCUUUCGAUGCUUGCAUCAGCAUUUUGUUGUUAGGGCGGUUUUAUUGAUCAUCUUCAAAUGCUCACAUUCAUUUUUCGUCUUUCCAUUCUCCAUACAAAAUGCAUAACCUACAAAAGCUUUCAGUAACUUCUCUUAAAUAUGUUUAUUGGUAAUCGAUUGGGUUACUUCUGUACAUACUAGUGUAAAUUAUGGUCUUCAUUGUAAUUUAUUCCCUAACAGUUUUAUUUGAAGUCAGUUACCUAGUUGUAUUAUUGUUCUGUUAGUCAAGUCUUGAAUUUUUGGAUGAUUUUUAAAAAUAAUCUUUCAACGAAUUCAUGGUAGGUUCCAGAAUAUAAAAUAUUUUUAAGAAUCCGUCUUUUGUGACCGCACAUUAUUGAAUUUCACAUCUUGGGAAAGUGUUUCAUCAUUUCAGUUAUAGUUUUAAUAUGAUGGGGAAGAACUGUACUCUAGUUAUACCCAAAGAUGAGUGUAAAUCUUCGAGAUGUUAUAGUACUGUAUCUUCAGACAAAGUAUUCAACAUUUCGGUGAAUUUUGAUUCCUCACCGAUGACUGUACCGAAUAAGAAGACCAUAUUGAAAUGUUGAAACUAAGUAAAUUCCAAUGAACUAAAACAGUAUUGUCAAAACCUUAACUUACCCAGUGAAUUUUUCCUCUCGAACAUUGACUUCUGAUUAAUACGAAAGCAGUAACAAUGCAGAUCAUCUGAACUUCACAUUAUAUUACUUGUUUAGAUUUGCUGCUGCAUCAUAUGCAAAGUUUUUUAUUGACAUUGUCUUACCUAAUAGAUUUCUACUUCAACUGCAUACAUUACUUGGAUUUCACUUGUUUAUUGAAUCUUCUUACCUUAGGCAUUUUUUGGUAUUGGAAUGAUUCCUAAGACUGUUUCGGCUCCUUCAUACUUUCGCUUUCCGAAGUGUAGUUUAUGGUGCGUCAAGACGGGUGUGUGAGAAGAGUAAUACUUUACUAGUAAAGUAUGCAGUCGAUGAUGGUUUUUCGUGUAUUAAAGGGAUUUGUUUUCAUUCCAACGGUAAAUUACUUUCUCUACAUCUCAUAUUUUGCGAACGUAUGGUCCCUACCGUUUAGGAAAUAACAAGUGUUAUGUGAUUCAAAUCCGCGUGGUACAUUUACUAGUUCAGUUGGGUCUGAUCAUUAGCAAUAUUUUCCAGUUGUUAGUUAAACGGGACUGAAUAAAAG